CAAAGAAUCUGAUGAUGGAUGUGGUGUGCAGAAGCAAAGAAUUCACAGCUUUUGCUUUUGAGAGAGAAAGCAAAGCACGCACAAGGAAAGCAGCUAAUGUGUAUGCAUUGCAUAUGCAUGGGCCGUUUCCCAUGCUAGCUAGUUCAAGGAGAAGUGACGCGAGGGCGUGUAACUUUCAGUUUGCUUGUGUAGCGUAUCAAGGUCAAGACUUCUGCCAGUGCAGCAAUUAAUCAAGGAAGGAAAUUGGAUCUGGAGAUUUCUGUAGACUGUUCUACGGGUUAGAUAUUCGGAACGGAACUGCUGACAUUGGAAGGAUUGAUUCGAUUCAUCAUGCCUAUGUCUAUACCAGAGGAGAUCAAGAUCCAAGCAAAAAACAUCGAUGCUGCAGCAGGGGAGAUAAUUGGCGUUUUGGAGGAUACAAGCAAAGGAAAUGUGAUCUUUGUCAAUGGUUUGUAUGGGUUUGGGGCAUCAGCAGCACUCAAGGCAGUAGCACAACGUCUGAAAUCAUCAAAAUCAAAGUUUGACAGGGUUAUUCAUGUGGAUUGCUCGUUGUGGAAAAGCAUGAGGGCCCUGCAAAAGGCAGUUGCGGAGGAGCUGGAGCUUCCGCCGUCGGUGAUGGCCAUCUUCGAUCGGUUGGACGAGGAGGAUGAUUUCAGUGGGAUAGAUGAAGGUUCUCGACGGGUGAUAGCAGCUAUUAGCACAGAAAUCUUCAAAAAUCUCAUUAAUAGUAGAUUUGUGGUGAUAUUUCACAAUGGGAGCAACGAAUACAUUGAUCUGUACGAGUGUUGUGGUGUCCCAGUAUUAUCAGUUUUGAGUAAUAAGGUGCUGUGGACAUGUCACGGGAGGUUUCGCAGCUGUCCUGGUGACUUCAAUAUAAUGACGCAUACUGAUGUCGUUAUCGAUUAUUCUGAUGAUGAUUGCAUCUGCGAUGAAGCAUUAUUGGAAGAGGCCAAGGAGAUUGUCGCUUAUAUGUGUAUUCCAGAGCCUGACAUGAACCAUAUGAUUGUUGAGAAGUGCUUUCAGUACGUCUGUGCAUUGGGUUCUCGAUCUACCUUGUCCUUCAAGUGGGAGAACCAUGCUUCAAUCUACUUGGUAUGCGAUGGGAUUAUACAAGGGCAAGGCGAUACAUCAGCAUGGGUAAUUGCCGAUGCUCUACAGAGAAACAUGUGUUUGAAUAGUCUUCUACAAUGGCCUAAUCACCUUCGUCGUCACCUGCUUCAUGACCGCUGGGUUUUGGUGCAACCUGAUGAGGUUGGCAUAGUGCUUUCUGAUGUGACAUCCUUCUUCGCCGUACCAGAUACUACAUACCCUGUCCGAAUGACGACAUUACCAGAUGGCAUAUUCCAACAUUCGCACAGCAGCAAGCUUCGUGUGUUACAUCUCUCUGAUCACAGCUUCAGUUUUGAAUCGCCUCCCUUCCUGUGUUGCAGCCAGCUAAGACUCCUCCAUCUGAACAACUGCACAAAUAUCCCAUCUGAUAAGCAUCCAAGCCACAACGAAGACAUGUCAUGCUUCCAGAAGCUAUGGGUGCUGCACCUGAGGUAUACAAACUGGUAUCGAUUACUAUCAGAAGAGAUGAUGAACUUCAUGGCUGACCUCAGGGAGUUGUAUGUGAAGGGAGUCAAGGGUUGGAGCAUAGGUGAUUUACGUGGUAGGGGACCUUCCCUUGUCAAGGUCCACGUAGAAUCACGGUACUACUUUAUUAAUCAUGCACCAUUCCCUGACCUGUCCAGCGUAAGCUUCCUCAAGACGAUCAUCCUUUACAAUUGUGUUGAUCUGGAACAAGUUGUCCCCGGCGUGCUGCCCCCAUCGCUUGAGUCAUUCACCUUCAAAACUGGAAAUUGUGGCACCGACAUAUCUAGCAUUUCCUUCCGGGGUUGUUCUCAGUUGAAGAGUAUACUACUAAUAGGAGUUCUAGGGAGCCUUGAGGAGCUGGACCUCUCGGGCACAAUAGUGAAAACCCUUGACCUCAGGGAAGUGAGAGUCCGAAACCUCAAACAUCUCAUCUUGCUGGGCUGCGAGAAGCUCUGUGCAAUAUUAUGGCCAUCAGAAUACGGCAUGACAAAGGUUUUGGAGGUACUGCACAUCGACACCAUACGAUAUACAUCACCUGGCCAAGCUAAUUGGGAAGAAAAACCCAGGGAUCCUAUUGCAGCUAUGGGGUCAUCAUCUAUUCUUGUUGCUACUGCUACAGAGCUGGGCAUCAGUCCACAUGCACCAUUUGAAGUUAAAUGGUACAUCUCUACAACGGAUACAAGGAUCCUUAGGUCGCUUGAACCAGUUAAAAGAUAUAUUGAGCACAGUCAUGUAUAUAUGGAAAUGGGUUCAUCUCCUACAAGUGGCGCUACUGUUGGUGACAGUGAAGUUGCUCAAGGAAUCCGGAGUCUGUAUCAGCCUGGUAAUUAUUUAUAUGCAAGGGAUGCCUUCUUUCAAAGGGACCUACAGGCUGACGCUGAUAAUGAAGGUGCAACCAGCUGGAUGUGGGAUUGCCCAGCUAGUCCUACUCCAAGGGCCCAAGACUUGUAUCUUCACAUACAUGAUGAGCAGGAGGUGAAGAGGGGACUACUACAGCAAAAACAGAGCAACACUCAAGGAAUUAAUGUUAGCGCUGUUUUCCCUGGUUUCAUAGUUAACAAUGCUCGGAUGCUUCACGUGCAUGAUAGCUCAUCCGUCACUUGCAUCACAUGCCCACAACCACAAGGUUCAUGCUGGAGGUGGCUUGAAUGGUGCCGAGUCGAGAGGUGCCCCAAGCUAAGUACUGUCUUUUAUACUCCCCAACCAAGUGAGGGUGAUAGCUUCUGUUAUGAGUUGGCCACAUUCUGGGCAUCUGAACUCCCAAAGGCAUGCUACAUCUGUGAUUGGAGUGCAAUACGUAUGUUUUCCUUUGCACACAUAGUACUAUUGCACCUGGACUAUUGCCCUAGGCUCAUACAUGCGCUUCCCUUGUCCGAGUCUGUGGACACUUUGCCUCAUUUGGAUACCCUGGAGAUUGUGUGUUGCGGUGAUCUAAGGGAGGUCUUCGCUUUGGACCCUAAGCAAAAGUGGCAGAGAAUUAUAAAAUGCCCCAAGCUAAGGCGCAUUCACCUGUACGAGCUCCCCAGCCUGCAGCACAUCAGUGGGAGCAGGAUGUCCGUGCCCAACUUGGAGACCGUCAAGAUCAGGGGCUGCUGGAGCCUCAGGAGCCUACCAGCCGUCAGCAGAAACAACGAGAAGCUGCCUAGUGUGGACUGCGAGAAGGAUUGGUGGGAUAACCUGGAGUGGGAUGGGGUGGAAGCGAACCACCAUCCUUCACUCUAUGAUCAUAACCACUCGUCGUACUACAAGGCCCAGCAGCAAAGAGGCACAGUACUAAGGUAAUCAGUUCCUUCCAUGGGACAUGAGCGUCGAUCCUGUCAUCCUGUGGUGCUCCCUACGCAGCGGAUGUCUUUGCUGCAGUGUAUCGUUUCAUGUUGCUUUCCCUACUUCAUGUUGUUUUGAUUGGUUUGGUUGCGCUUUUGCAUCUGCAAUGCCAAGGUGCGGAGCCUUUGCAGCUGCAUGGAUCUGCGUUGCCAUGGUGUGGUGGUAUCAUCCUCAGAGUUUGGUUUGGUUUGAUUUGAUUUGAUUUGAUUUGGUUGGCUUGGGCAGCUCCGCUCGAUUGAGCCACAUAUGCGUCAAAGACUCAAAGUAAGCAUCCAUCAUCUGGUUUGAUAGAUGAUGCGUGUUGCAAGCUUUGAGCAAAAUAGAAAUGAAUAAGAGAGUGCAUUCAGCCUGGGCAGUAUGAGCGUCCUGCCAGCUCAUGCUGCUUAGAUGCAUGCUGCUCCUGUGUGUUUUGUGUUGUGGUGCGUGAUUUGUAAGCUAUGGACUGAUUGUUGUAAUAAUGGUUGAACUAUUA